AUGCUGUCGCGAGGUCUGGUCCGCACAGCUGGUGCAGCUACCCCGCGUCGUGCCGCGCAGGCGGCCUUCAGCACCACCGCCAUCGCCCGCCGGUCCCCGAUCAUGGGCGACAUCGAGCCCGACAACGUCGCAGCAUUCAACGAGAAGCAGAAGCGGUUCCGCGAGCAGCUGGUCGAGGCGCAGAAGGCGCGGGAAGCAAGUGCGUGGCCGCCCAAGACCCCCUCCCCCCCCUCCUCUGACGGAGCGCCCUCUGCCUACGUGGAGGGCCAGUCCCAGGGCCUCGGCUCACUUAGUACUGCCAAAGGGAACGCCUCCGAGGCCGCCAAGAAGGAGCCCGGCCGCAAGGCCGGGCCCCUGACUAACCUGAUCUACGGCACCAAGGAGGGCCGCGAGCUCGACGCCCAGAUCGAGGCCAGCUUCAGCCAGGUCCUCGCCCGGGGCAAGUACGUCCACUCGAUCGUCUUCCACGAGGUCAAGUCGGACAAGGUCGACGAGUACGUCGACCUCGUCGGCAAGUGGUACCCGCGGAUGGCCAGCAUGCCGGAGAAUAAGGUUCAUCUGGUAGGGAGCUGGCGCACCGAGGUCGGCGACUGCGACACCUUUGUCCACAUCUGGGAGUACCAGCGAUACGAAGGCUACCACGCCUCGCUGCACUCGAUCGCCAACCACCCCGAGUUCCCCGAGUUCGACCGCAAGCUCAAGUCGCUCAUCAAGUCCAAGACGACGUCGCUGAUGCAGGAGUUCUCCUUCUGGCCGACCACGCCGCCCCGGCAGCUCGGCGGCCUGUUCGAGCUCCGGUCCUACACGCUGCACCCGGGCAACCUGCUCGAGUGGGAGACGCACUGGCGGCGCGGCCUCAAGGCGCGCAGGGAGGUGAUGGAGGGCGUGGGCGCGUGGUUCGUGCAGAUAGGAGACCUCAACACGGUGCACCACCUGUGGCAGUUUGCCAACCUCGAGGAGCGCAAGGUGCGCCGUGAACAGAGCUGGAGCAUAGAGGGCUGGAGCGACACGGUGCACAAGACGGUGCCCCUCAUCCAGUCGAUGAAGUCGAGGAUCCUCAUCCCCCUGCCCUGGUCGCCCGUCGGUUAA